ACAUGCGCGUCAAGCGCCUAUACAGUCACGCUAACACAGAAAAACCAGAUACCGGCUGAGAGAAAAAGAGACGCACAGAGAAAUCAUAAUUGCCGGCUACAGACACAGAAUUGCGGGCCGGCUAUGGUGGAUUCCAAAGCAGAGGAGGACGACGAUGAGGGCUUCGGCGACUUCACCUUCGCCUCUUCCGAUCAGAUCAACGGCCGGAAACCCAUCAUAUCCAACGGCGACGACGACUGGGGCGAUUUCGUCGAAUCCCCGCUCCGAUCGGCGCCCCUCACCGGGGUUUUCAACGCCCAGUCUAAUAAACCCUCGGACCCAUCUGGGUGUUUCCCAGAUCAGUCCCGAUCGACGACCGAGUCUGCGCCGGGUCGCGCCGAGUCGCAUUGGGUGAAUUCCAGAGGAGCUCUGCCGCUUUCGUUAUUCGGCGACGCGGAGCAGGAGGAAACGGAUGCGGUCGGUCCUCCGUUUGAGGACUCUGCUGUUGAUAUGAAGUAUGGAACCAAUAUGGGGAGAGCUUCUGAUUUGUACAGUCAGGUUGAGCCGGUCAAGGCUGAGAACGGGUUUAAUUUGGAUUCGAACGGGUCUGAUUCGAGUGCGAUUGAGAAAGAUUCAAUCUUGAAUUCACUUGGGAUGGAUUCGAUUUUGAAUUUAUUUGCUGGAAGCAAUGACAUUCAGAGUCCACAGAUCAAUACUGUAAGUGGGGUUAGCCAGAAUAUGGGUUUAUUUUCUGGAAGUAAUAAUCUUCAGAGCCCACAGAUUAGUUCUGUAAGUGGGGUUAGUCUGGAUAUGGAUUUGUUUUCUGUAGGUAAUAAUCUGAUGAGUCAGCAGAUUAAGGCUGUAAGUGGGUUAAGUUCGGAUUCGAAUGGGGCAGAUCCGAAUGUGAUUGAGAAAGACUCAAUCUUGAAUACAGCAAGUUCUCCUGGGAUGAAUUCGAUUUUGGAUUUAUUUGCUGGAAACAAUGUGAUUCAGAGUCCACAGAUUGAUACUGUUAGUGGGGUUAGUCAGAAUAUGGAUUUGUUUUCUGGAAGUAAUAAUCUUCAGGGUGAGCAGAUUAAGGCUGUAAAUGAGUUGAACGCGCAUUCGGAUUGGUUUGGUGGACAGCAGAUCAAGGUGGUCAGUGGGUUCAACUCCUAUUCAAGUGGAAUGAAUUUGAAUGAGGAUUUAUUUUCUGGCAGCAUUGGUUUUGAUGCGAUUUCGAAUGAUUAUAGUCAGGAUCAGCUGAAUAACUUUGAAACCUCUAACGGGUUGGGUUCGAAUUUGAGUGCAUCUUCACCAAUUACUAUGGGUAUGGAUUCGUACUUGGAUCCUAUAGUUGGAAGUGAAGAAUUUGAUAGUGAUUAUGAAGGAUGGGAAUUUAAGGAUGCAUACUCAGAAACCAAGGCUGGAGUUGGGAGUGAUAAGAUUUUUUCUAAUUUGAAGGUCGGCAGGAAAGAUGAAGGACGUUUUGGGGUAACAGGGUUGUCAUUUGAGUUUGGCAAUGGUUUUCAUGGAUCUGAUUUAUUUUCGUCAUCAAAUGGGUUCUCUGUUCAACCCAGGGAAGUGGACAUCAGUUUUGAUUUCAAGCCACUGACAGUUGCUCAAAAUGGUUUUAACUCCGAUUCAUUAUUUAGAAGUGAGCAGAAUGGUACUCCAAAUGGGUUGAAUUCUGAUCGUGGUGUUGGGAUUGUUGAAUCUGAUGAAAGCUUUGGGGAUUUUGAAGGUGCAUUUACUGAAAAUGGAUUGAAUCAAGAGCAUUUUCCUAAUUUGAAGGUCGGCAGGAAGGAUGAAGGAAAUUUUGGGGUAACAGGGUCGUCAUUUGAGUUUGGUGAUGGUUCAAAAGGAUCUGAUUUAUUUUCGUUAUCAAAUGGGUUUUCUGUUCAACCCAGGGAAGUGGACAUCAGUGUUAAUUUCAAGCAACUGACAGUUGCUCAAAAUGGUUUUAGCUCUGAUUCACUAUUUGAAAGUGAGAAGAAUGGCACUGAAAAUGGUUUGAAUUCUGAUUGUGGUGUUGGGAUUGUUGAAUCUGAUGAAAGCUUUGGGGAUUUUGAAGGUGCAUUUACUGAUACUGGAUUGAAUCAAGAGAGAAAUGAGACCGUGUCUGAUAAUCAUAAAGGGGCCCUGCCACUGUCCAUUUUUGGUGAUGAAGAGCUGACUGAUGAUUCCCCAAAGAUUCAAGAUGCCUUUACAUUCAAGCCCUCGUACCCAAGAAAUGGCAUUAAUAGUCAGGGGUCCAAUAUCUCUAUCAAUGAUCUCAUAUCAAACUUAUAUUGUCAAGCUGAGCAGAUCCCUCCGGUUGACGAUACAGGAAAACAUACUGGAAAUGGGUUGGACUCGUCGAAUGAAGUGAUGGAUCUUAGCCUAGUGAAUAGUGAUGAUGAUUUUGAGGAUUCUUCAUGGGAUUUUAAAGAUGCAUCAAUCCAGACUAGCACCAUUGAUCAAACAUCUCUUCGGGCUCAAGGAGAUACAUGUGACAAUUUUACUACCAACUCACAGUUGAUUAAUUUCAGGGACUUUUACUGCAAAUUGAAGGAUGAGUUAUCCGCUGUUUAUAGAGGGCAUCUCAACAAUUUAAUGAGAGAUAAGCACGCUGCUGGUCUUUCUGGUGACGAUGCAAAAGUGGCAGCUAUUGACAAGGAAAUCAAGGAGGCUUGUAAGGAACUUCACGAAGGGAAUAUAUACUCCAAAGAAUGUUCAGAGGAUGAACUGCCAAGAGAUGUUUCCCUGAAGGAAUUUAUUGAAGUCUCCAAGCUGAAGUUCCAAGUACUGGAAUCAGAGUUUGGUUUAUCAGGAAGAUUGCAUCUAGCAGAGCAGGAUUUGGGAUCAGCAGUUGAACUAAUGAAACACACAACUUUAAUGCUAGAUGUUCUCACAUUAGGAUCAACAGAGGAUCAAGGCAUUUAUGUCUACACAUGGUCGAAGAUGAUCUCUGCAUGUGCUCAAGAGUUGAAGCAUGGCUCCUGGAUUUGGAAGCAAUUAGUAGAAAAAAACAUUGGAAGCAAGAUACUUUCUGAACCUCGAGGCAAGGGUUUCAUUCUUGCCCUAGGAGAGAUUUACAGAGUAGUUGCAGUUCUUGGAGCCUCAACCAAACUUUACAAGCCAUGGAUACUAUCAAGCUCUACAGAUUCUACAAGCAUUUACGCUCUUCUAGAAGAGUGUUAUACUCUAUGGUCAACUUUGGGAAUCGAGGAAGCUCUCCAGGAAAUAUCUGAUCCUAUUGAUUUUGAAUACCACAGUACAGUUGAGGCAUUACGGGAGUCGAUCAGGUUUAUUCACGGUCAUGAUGAGCUUACACUUGGAAAUCGUACUUUGAAUCAACAAGUUUCUGUAUGUCGGCUGUCACUUUUAACUUCAGAAGCAGUACCUGAUAUUAAAAUGGUGUUGUGGAAUGGGAAGUAUUGCUUUCUCCCGCUAGCGAAUUUGUGGGCUAAUCUCAUAAGUUGUGAUCCUCCGGAGUUGCCAUAUUUGGAUGUUGGCUCAUGAGAAAGAAUCUUGUGGAACAUGGUUGGAAUUGUUUCUACGAAUUUGUGCUAAGAGUUGCGAUUGAAUCCCAUUGUGUGGCAGUGAACUUUGGGGUACCAACUUCUGCCCGGCUCAAACUGCUCCGCGGAAUAUACCUUCAGAAUAUAUCGUGCUGAAAUCCAAAAGUCAAUCGCUAUUCGCUUCUGCGUGCCGACCAGGCAAAUGCAUUUUGUUGAUCAGUUUUUUGUUUUUUUCGGGAUUUUUUUUUGUAUAAGCUGUAGUGUAGGGUGUGAAGAUAGUAGUAUAAGAUGAUUUACGGUCUUUGUUGUGUACUAGUUGAAGCCUGGAAGGAGGAAUCAAACUGACAGCCACAUGCCCAGAAUCAGCAACGGCGGAAUGACAGUAAAUGUAGCACGUUUUCCUUUCUCUCUCCUAUCUGAACGAUUUAGGUGAAGACGGCUGAGAUUUUGUGUUGAAAAGAAAAGACACUGUGCUUUGUAUAUUGCUCAAUUGAUAUCAAAUAAGUGCGGAAGCAUAAGCCAGCUUUCUACGUACAGUUAUUUGUGUCUUCCUGUGUUUCUUGCUGCCACCUUUUUAAAGAAAAGUGGAAUUUGAUAUUCUAGUGUUGAAACAUUAGAUUGGGAAUUCUCAUAUUAUCUUCAAGUUCAGAUGAUGUGCUUCUGUA